UUGAAGACCAUCUCAUCGUCGCCAAUUGCCUCAUCACCAUGUAUGGCAAGUGCGGGAGCUCCAGCGACGCGAGGCUUGUCUUUGACGGUGGCCAGAGACUCGACGCUGGCGUUUAGAGUCUUCCAGGAGAUGCAGCAGGAUGGAACCAGGCCUGACGCUUUCACUUUCGUCGGCAUCUUGGAUGCUUGCACGGACUUGGAGCACGGUAGGAAAGUCCACUCGCAAGCUACAGCAGAUGGUUUCACUACAGAUGUUGGCGUUGGAAACGCACUCCUCAGCAUGUAUGGACGCUGCUCCAGUGUUUCCGAGGCCAGGGAGGUGUUUGACGGCAUCCUUUUGAAGAACUCGGUGUCCUGGGCCGCCAUGCUCACGUCCUACACACAGCUCGGGCAUGCCAGAGAGGCUAUGGAGCUUUCUCGGUUGAUGAGCAUGGAAGGCUUUCGACCGAACAGGGCGAGCUUGCUUGGCUUGUUAGCUGCCUGUGCAACGCUUGAAGACUUGGAACAGGGACGAAAGUUUCACGCUACUUUCCUCGCGAGUGGUUUCAUGAUGGACGUGUUUGUGGAGACGACGCUGGUUAACAUGUACGGGAAGUGUGGGAGCUUGGCAGAGGCAAGAGGUGUUCUUGAGGGGAUGGAGGUGAAGAGCGUGGUUUCCUGGAACGCGAUGAUAACAGCAUACGCACAGCACAGGCAUGGAAGAGAAGCGCUGGAGCUUCUCAAGAAGAUGGACUUGGAAGGCAUUCCUCCGAGCAAGGUGACGUUCGUGAGCAUUCUCGACGCCUGUGCGAGCUCGGGGGAUCUAACACGUGGAAGAAGUGCUCACUCUCGAGCAAUUGCCACUGGUUUUGGCGGCGAUGUCAACGUAAACAACACGUUGGUGAGCAUGUACGGGAAGUGUGCGAGCUUGGACGAGGCCAGGAAGGUGUUUGACGAGAUGCCGAGCAGGGAUCUCGUUUCCUGGAACGCCUUGGCCGUGGAGUACAGCCAGCACGGCUGCGGCAAGGAGGCUCUCAAGCUCCUCUGGAAGAUGGACCUGGAAGGCCUGAAGCCAGACAAGAUAAGCUACACGGCUCUUCUCAACGCCUGCGUCUACACGGGUGAGGAAUCUGCCAAAGCCAUGCACAGGCGAGUUUUGGCCAGUGGCUUCCAGCUCGACGGCAACAUCGUCGCAAACUUCCUCAUCAACCUCUACGCAAAGUGUGGCAGCCUCGAAAACUCCAAGUGCGUCUUCGACGGCCUGAAGAAGAAGGACGUGGUCUCGUGGAACGCAAUGCUCACGGCCUACAUCCAGCUCGACUCGCCGAAAGAAGCUCUCAAGCUCUUCCAGGCGAUGGACAUGGAAGGCACGAAACCGGAUCAAGUUUCAUACGUCCUCGCGCUCGAUGCCUGCGCCGGUGCCGUGGCCCCGACUCAGGGAAAGCUCUUCCACUCCCGAGUGGCUUCUCAAGGCCUGGACAGCGACGACACCGUCCGGAACGCGAUCGUCAACAUGUACGCCGAGUGUGGCAACUUGGACGCCGCCAACCGCGAGUUCGAGAGGAUCAAACGCCGGGACGUGGUUUCGUGGACAGUCAUGGUGGCGGCCAACGCGCAGCACGGGAAUCCCAGGGACAGUCUGAAGCUGUUUUGGAAGAUGCAACAGGACGGGACGAAAGCCGACGACGUCAGCUUCCUGUGCGCGAUACUUUCGUGCAGCCACUCGGGGCUCGUCAAGGACGCCAUGGCGUGCUUUAGCUCCAUGGUGGAGGACCAUGGAAUCCAGCCGCUGGCGGAGCACUUUGGGUGUGUCGUGGACGCGCUGGCCAAAGUUGGGAGGCUCGGCGAGGCGGAGGAAUUCAGCCUGGCUAUGGAUGCCGUGUCGUGGCGGGCAUUCUUGAGUGCUUGCAGAGUUCACGGCGACGCAAAGCGAGGUGUCAAGGCCGCGAGUUUGAUCGACGCAAGCGAUCCAAACUCGUAUGUUCUCUUGUCGAAUCUGUUGACCAGCCAGUCCACGCUGGAACCUUUCCAGGAAUCUCUCGGCUGACAGUGGCCUUUGUGUUUGUUUUUCUUUGUUUUCUCUCUUUCAAGCUAGCUAUCAGCGUUGCUGUGCUCCAAGAGGCACUCACUCGCUCGAGGCAUUGAAGGGAAAGAGCCGGAAAAAGAAACCAUACAAAAGAUAUCAAAGACUAAAUAUUUUUCU